ACAACGGCUUUCCGCAAGCACGGUCCCUGCUCGCGGGUAGGGCUGCGUGCGUGCUGGUCUGAGUGUUUCGCCGCUGCCACCGCACAUGCCAUCGCUCUGUCAUCGAUCCGCACGUCCGCUCCAUCCAUGUCAUCACGCGCGUGAACACUUCUGCGAGAGACUGCACGCAGGACAUCAUGGCGAGGCUAUCUGGGCUGCAGAGGGAUGUGUUGAGCCUGUAUCGGCAAUGCUUGCGGGCUGCGCGGGCGAAACCCGCUACGAACCGGGGACAUUUCCAGGCUCUGGCUAGGAACGAGUUCCACAAGCAUCGCGCAGUGGAUAAGAAAGAUUUCAGUGCCAUAGAGUACUUGCUGCGGAGGGGGAGGCGGCAGUUGGAGAUGUAUGAAGAGGCGGGUGUGCGUGAUGUGAAGGUUUAG